GGGCCUAAGAAGAGGUUUCGUUGUUUCACUCUACCACUAUCACUGGAAAAAGACUAGGGCUGAGAGCUUUAUCGAAAAUCUUCCCAGAAAAAGGUUCAUUCGCUUUCUGUCUCUGCUUCUUCCGAAAUUCCCCAAAGUUUUUGUUCCGACUCUCUUGUUGCCUCUAAUCAGGUGGUCAACAAGACAUGUCAUCUGAUACUGCCAAAGAAAAUGCAUCUGUAGUUGAUUCAUCAGUGACUGAAUGGAAAAAUGACAGGAAUCUGGAUGGUCCAGGGAAGAUUGGUAAAUGUAAAUAUGUGAUAUGUCAAGUUGCACAUAGUUGGUGACUGUAAUGGAUGUGGUUACUAAAGUCCGCUGCUCCUGAUGAAGUUUAUUUAUCUGUUACACUGGGGCUAUGGAUAAAACAAUUCAUACCUUUGUUGCUUUGCAUUAGCCAUUCAAAUGAAUAAAGUUGUAAUAGUUUUGUCAGAGAGCCAUAGCUAUAGAUCCAAUGAGGAUGGCUGUCAAAUUGGAGCAGACGAGCAAGUUCACUCUUGUGAACAGCGUCAAAAUUGUAGUGAAACUAAAAAGGGUAAACCAUGCAAUACAAGAUACUUCAUUAUCAAGAGUUUGAACCACCAAAAUAUUGAGUUGUCAAUUGAGAAGGGAAUUUGGGCUACUCAAGUCAUGAAUGAGCCUAUUCUUGAAGAAGCCUUUCGUAACUCUGGAAAAGUAAUUUUAAUUUUCAGUGUCAACAUGAGUGGGUUCUUCCAAGGGUAUGCCCAAAUGAUGUCUUCCAUUGGUUGGAGACGAGACAAUGUUUGGAGCCAAGGAACUGGUGGAAAUAAUCCUUGGGGUCGCACUUUUAAAGUCAAAUGGCUGCAGUUACAUGAUUUGCCUUUUCAAAAGACUCUGCAUCUAAAAAAUCCAUUGAAUCAAUAUAAGCCUGUUAAAAUUAGUAGAGAUUGCCAGGAGUUACCUCAGGAUAUUGGUGAAGCCCUUUGUGAGCUUCUUGACGGGAAGGAUGAUGUGGAUGUCGGUUUGAAAAGGGUUGAAUUCUCCAAGGUUGAUCUUCCUUUGAGGAGGCCUUGUGUGGAGCCUUCUGGUUCAUUAAGAUUUGAAGACUUUGUGCCUUCAGUGCACAUGGCACCCACACUUUAUCCCUCAUUAGUCUACCACCAUCAAGCUGAAGCUAGUAGAUUUGACCAAGGAUAUCAGAGACCAAGUGCUGGAAGCCAUGGGAAUGUACGCUCUGACAGUGAUACAUCUGCUCAGUUUAUUGGUUGGGGAAAGUCAACUGAAAGGAGCCCCCUUGCUAGUAGUUUGACUGAAGAUGAUCUCCUGGAAAUGACAUAUGAAGAGUACCUUGAAGCUCAUAGCAGACACAACAAGAAACUAUACCAGUCGGGUGCUGUGCCAGCCUCCAACAUUCAAAAAUCAUCAGUUAAAGCUGCACGUUUUGAUGAUGUGAAGUUGGGCAGCAGUUCAAAGAAGAGGCCUCGUCACAGUCCCCAAGACGAUAACUGCUUUUUCUAAGAAAAGACUGCUGUAGUUAGCCCAAUGAUGAGACUGAAAAUGUCCCGAGUUAGAAUUGUUCUUUUUGCACAAAAUGGCUUUGCUAUGGAGUUACUACUUAUUUUGUAAUUCCUGGAACUAGGAGUUAACUGUUGUAACAUUGUAUUAUAGUGUUGACCUAUUAUAUGAAUCAUUAGCGAACAUCUUUUUAGUAAAUUUUUUGUAUGGGUGGUAACAAACUUGUACAGAAAAUGACUGUUGCCUGCCCAUAACCCUAGAUACGUUUUGUCAGUUUGAUGUCCUCUCUUUUUUUUUCAAAAAAAGAAAACUGGGAAUAUUUCCUACUGUACAAGAUUUGAUAAUUGUCCUUUUGAUAUGGCUUGUGGUGGUGGACUGGUUGAUAAAACUAUGGCUGAAGGUGAUGCUCAGUCUGAAUACUGUACUGAUGGAGGGGUUGAAGAGGAUAACAGCUCAAGCUGAUGGCUAUGCAAUUCCUGUUGCUGAUAAGAGCAGAGUAUUUGGUGUUUUAUGUUGAAUGGUUGUAAUGCGGACGAGAUUUGAUUAGAUAGCUGCCUGAGUUACUAUUUCAAAGGGUAUAGCUAGGAUUAUUGUUUGCAUACAUAGGAACAGAUGUGCAUAUUGGAUACAUUAUAAGGCACUUGAUGGAUUUUAGUAUCAGAUUAAUUGGUCUCUGUGUAUCUGGAGCCUACUGGUUGAGGGUACAGUUCUGCUGUUGGACUAUUCUGGGUUGUUUUUUCAUGUAACUAUGAAUAUGUAUGAAGUAAGCUGGCCUUCUUGAUGUC